GUGGUGGACUGCGCGGGUCUAUACUUAAAGGUUGCAGAAGAAGAGAAAAGAAAUAAUGAAAGAGCAGAGAGGAUGUGGAGACGUGUAGAUAACAAGGACCCUCCAUCACCAAUCCCAUGGUCAUGCAGUAAGGAGUCUAAUGGCCUCCAGGGCCGGGUGGUCCACAUGAGAAUGGAUUCUUAGAAGGGAAGAGUUUUAUUUACACAGAGCAAUGGCCUCCACCGAUGACGACAGCAUGGAGAAGAGACUGGUGCACAUUAAACAAGAGGAGUGUGACUGGGGUGCACUGGAGGAUUUGUCAGUGAAGCUGGAGGAUUGUGAAGGAACGGUUUCGGUUUUUAAAGAGGAAACUGCUGCAAUUAAACUUGAGGAAUUGGAAGAUCUGUCGGUUGGUCUUGAAGUAAAAGAGCAUAAAAAUGGGGACAUUUUCAAGCAAGAGUCUUAUCCUGGUUUACAGCCUCCAUUCACUGACCUGGAACAACUGGCCACCCAGCAGAAUUCCACCAAACUGAAAUCAGAGUUGGAGGAGAAAUUCAUUGAGGGAAAUAGGAGAGAAGAAGAAGAAGAGGAGGAGCAGCAGCAGUCACUGAGGAGUGCUGAACUACAUGCAGAAGAGAAUGACAUCUUCACCAUGUCCUCAUUUGUGCAGCCCUCUCUCCAGUGCAGACUGCAGCAUAAUCAGAACAAGAGGAAGAUGAAGAAAUUAAUAUGUGAAUCAAAGAAUGUGUCCCCAGCCUCUCUUCAGUGUAGUUCUCCUGCUGUUGUCAAACUGCAAAGCACAAAAGCCAUCAACAGUGAUCAGCACAUGCAUAAACUCCUCCUCCACACAGGAGAGAAACCCUAUUGCUGUUCUGACUGUGGUAAACGAUUCUUUGACAGUAGCACUCUUCAACAGCACACCCAGAUUCAUACUGGAGAGAACUUAUAUUGCUGUUCUGAAUGUGGCAAACGAUUCUCGCAAGCAAGUUAUUUUCAACGGCACAAAAGCGUCCACACUGCUGAAAAACCUUACUGUUGCUCUGAAUGUGGCAAACAAUUUCUGAGGAAUAACAGUCUUCAAAAACACAAAGUAAUUCACACUGGAGAGAAACGCCAUUGCUGUCUUGAAUGUGGUAAACGAUUCUCACAAGUAAGCCAUCUUCAGAGCCACAAAAGAAUCCACACUGGAGAGAAACCUUAUUGCUGUUGUGAAUGUGGCAAACAGUUCUCUCACAGUAGUAGUCUUCGACAGCACACACGGAUUCAUACUGGAGAGAAGCCAUUUGGCUGUCCAGUAUGUGGUAAACAUUUCUCACAUGUAAGUCAUUUUCAUAACCACAAAAGAAUCCACACUGGAGAGAAACCCUAUUGCUGUCAAGAAUGUGGCAAGCAAUGCUCACGACUAAGCCAUCUUCAGAGGCACAUAAGAAUCCACACUGGAGAGAAACCUUACUGCUGUUCUGACUGUGGCAAACAAUUUGCUGACAGAGCUUCUCUUCGUUACCACACACAAGUUCAUACUGGAGAGAAAGCAAGUAAGUCAAGAGAAAUUAGAAUAUCUCCAAAGAACGACAAAAGAAGAAAUAUGUGAAUAGAAAUGGAGACGACCCGGGUGAUCAGAAGAGGGAGAGGCCUUGUAUGGCGUGCUGCCAUUAAAGCAGCAGCAGGCAGAUUAAGUAAAAAAACAGGAAAUGGACAUAUUUGAAAACAAAUUCAGAAGAUGAAUUGAAAUACCUGAAAAAAUAAUUAACACGCUGUAAGCAUAACUUUGAUAUGUCACUGUGCAAAUCUCUCUUGUAAAUGACAUGUACAGCUGACACAGAGCCAGAUUAAGCACAGGGGUUCACCACAUAGAAGAACUGCUAGGCAAGCAGACUGACAGAAGACAGAGUGAGACAACUGGACAGCGCGCAGUCAGACUGAGAGGCCGUGUUCUGUUUCUAUCUGUUCAAGUCAGCAGGGAACCGUAUCAUCGUUUGGAAGUGCAUGUUCACCUAAGUGGGGGCCCUGCACGUGAAGGAAGAGAAUAAAGCCUUGGCACCUUUCCUGGCACACCUUUGAAGCGGACGGAUGGAUGGGAGAUAACGUCACCCGGUCCUGAAAAUGCCUUCCACUGAACUGAGGAGAUUGACAGACUCGACACCUCGGGCCCCCACUCCCGGACUGGGUUUGUCAUUAGCUUCAUUCGUCUGUUAUGCAUUGUAAGCCGACAUUAAACAAAGCUGUGCUAUUUCUCUGGCGUGAUUUCUUACAGCCGUAUCACUA